GAUUUUGGUUAGAUAUGGAAGUUUGUUGAUUUUAAAUUUUGGGGUCACAGGAGUACAUAUAUUUGAGGAUAAUGAGUUAGAUAUAGGAGUUGUAUAUAUAUUUCACGAAAUUUGUUGUCAUUUAUAAAAUUUGUUGCCUUUAUAAUAGAAGUUUAAUUGGUUGUGUAAGGUGGUUACGUAAAAUUCUUAAUUGAGUUUAGUAGAAUAGAUUUUUUAAUUGAAAAAUAGAAGUUUUAUAUGUUUGUAGUCCUUAAAAAUAGGACAUUAGUGGUUAUGGAACUGCUUUGUUAUUGUUGUUUACGUUUUAUUUAAAAAGUGGCAAUCAAAUUUUCCUGAAAAGUAGGAUUUUAGAAUUGCUAGAACUGCCGUGAAAAUUUAAUAGUAUUGAUAAAGUGAUAUAAGCAGUUUUAUGUAGAUGAUGUAUAUUUUUUUUAAUUGGACUCAACUAUUAUCAAUGGGGCAUGUUUCUGUUUUAAUAGUAUUGAUAAUUUAGUCUCUAAUCAGAUUAUAUAAUAGAGAAAUAAUUAGUCUCAGCCUCUCAGGUGAGAUUAAAUAAUAUAGUAGUUUUUUUUUUCGGAAACGGGUUAUGUGGAGGAAGCUGCCGGCCCAUAUCCUGAACCGUCCAGCUGGAAGCCGGCGUCAACUUAUUCCACCGUUCAGAUAUUGCCACGUGCAAUCGUUUCCUAUUGUAAUAACACCUGACACCAUCCCAUGCAACAUGUUUUUGCUUAAAAUUAAUUCACUCAACAAGUCGCUAUCUUCACACCCAAAAUAAUAAAAAUCACAUGAGAUGAGGCAUAUACAAAACACUCAUUUAUUGAUCUACUAUUUUUACCAUAUAUACAAGCUUCUAAAUAGUUCCAGAGAUUAUGAGGUGUUGUUAGGUGAAAAAAUCACGCGUAAUGCAAAUAAAAAGAAGUAGAUAACAUCGACAACAUAAUAAUUGAGUGAUGACAAAGACCACGUAAUAAUUUGUGUAAUUGAUGGAAAUUUAUUGAUAAAAUAUCAGAUGAUAAAAAAAAAAAAAGAACGAAAAUCACCAAUUUUAAAAUUUUAUAGUAAGAUGUAAAUAAUUAAAUACAUACAUCGAGAUAAAAAUUACGCAGCUGGAUGGAAUACUCCAUAAUCUGGUCUCAGAUUCUACGACUACGAGAAUGGGAUGAGACAUCGGACCAUUUCUAUUUUACUUGUCUUGAAGACAUGAUUUUAGCUUCAGUUAAACUCCUGUUUUAGGCAUCAUCUAUAUCUGCUUUUACCCUUUAUUCUAUUGAGAACUUAUCCUUUUUUUCUUAAUUAAUUAUUUUAAGACAAAUAACGAAUAUUCACGCGCUUCACCAUAUGCAUUUCCUCCUCUUAAAUACCUUAUCAAACCCUUUUAAAAUUCUUAUUCCCAGUUCCACACAAAGCAAACAAACAACAACAAGAACAAAACAAAAAAGACAAGUUCGCAUACGUGUUCACAAGCUUAUUUCAAACCAAUCAUCUCUCAGUCGACUUCUAGCUUCUAAACCUAUGCCGGAGAUCCAGAUUGUCUCCGACAACAGCAACACCAAUGCCUUGUUCGGAAAAUACGAGCUGGGGAAGCUUCUCGGCUGCGGCGCAUUCGCCAAGGUCUUCCACGCACGUGACCUCCGCACGGGCCAAAGCGUCGCCAUCAAGAUCCUCAACAAGAAGAAACUCCUACUCACAAACCCAGCCCUAGCCAACAACAUCAAACGCGAGAUCUCCAUCAUGCGACGUCUAUCUCACCCCAACAUCGUCAGGCUCCACGAGGUCAUGGCCACGAAGACAAAGAUCUUCUUCGCGAUGGAGUUCGUCAAAGGAGGAGAGCUCUUCAACAGAAUCUCCAAACACGGACGCCUCAGCGAAGAUCUCAGCCGUCGUUACUUCCAGCAGCUGAUCUCCGCCGUCGGUUACUGCCACGCGCGGGGAGUCUACCACCGCGAUCUCAAACCGGAGAAUCUCUUGAUCGACGAGAACGGGAGCCUCAAGGUAUCCGACUUCGGUCUCAGCGCGUUGACGGAUCAGAUCCGACCCGACGGUUUGUUACACACCUUGUGCGGCACGCCUGCUUACGUGGCGCCAGAGAUUCUCUCCAAGAAGGGGUACGAUGGCGCGAAGGUCGACGUGUGGUCAUGCGGUGUCGUUUUGUUCGUUCUAGCCGCGGGUUAUUUACCGUUUAACGAUCCGAAUAUGAUGAGCAUGUACAAGAAGAUUUAUAAAGGAGAGUAUCGUUGCCCUAAGUGGAUGUCUCAAGAUCUGAAACGGUUCAUCUCUCGUCUUCUCGAUAUUAAUCCUGAGACGAGGAUCACUGUUGAUGAGAUUGUGAAGGAUCCUUGGUUCGUUAAAGGAGGUUUUAAACCGGUCAGGUUACACGAUGAGAUUGAUCUGAAAGAAGGAGGAGGAGGAGAGGUGGAGGAGGGGGUGAAGAGUUUAAACGCGUUUGAUCUCAUUUCUUUCUCGUCGGGAUUAGAUCUCUCCGGUUUGUUUGCCGGUUGCAGCGAAUCUGAGAGGUUUUUGUCGGAGAAGUCGCCGGAGAAGUUGGCGGAGGAGGUGGAGGAGUUCGCGAAGGAGGAGAAGCUGAAGGUGAAGAAGGAAGAAUAUGGGUUUGACAUGGAAGGGCAAAACGGGAACUUCAUGAUUGAGAUAAAUAUUUCGCGGCUGAACGAUUUGCUCGCGGUGGUGGAGGCAAGGCGGAGAGGUGGCGACGCUGAUUGCUAUACGGAGAUUUGGAAUAACAAGCUCAGGCUUAAGCUAACUAGUGUUUGCGAUCAAACGCCAAUCGCAACUAUUUGAAAUGAUGUGCCUUCAAAUCAAACGCCUAAUCGCUGUGGUUGAAUCGGCUGGAUUGAUUUGCGUUUACUACAUUUUUAGAAUUAUCACCCAGAAAAAAAAAUUAUAAACAUAUUACAUAUCUAUUAUUUACUGUACCAAAUUGUAGGUAUCUAUUUUGUGCUUUUUUGAUAAUAAAAAAAUGUAUCACUACUCACUAUCUAAGUACUAAAUUGCAUUUGUAUAUAAUUUUACUCUUUGUAUAAUAUGGAAAAUGGUUGAUUGGUUUAUCCAACUUUGCACUUGCCGGUUUUA